AUGGAAAUUUCCCGAGGUCGUUCAAGCAUCGUUUGUCUUCUUCUGCUACACUCCCUCUGUUUCAUUCCCUGUGUUUUGUCCAAAUCUCCUCGUCCCAUCUCCGAUGUGGAGAUCAGGACGAAGAAGAGCGAUUGCUAUGCUGAUAUAGAGAGUGGGUUAUGGGGUUGGCAGUGCAAAUCUUCUCCAAUAGCAAAGGAGAAUUGUGCGCUGCGAUGCCUUUCUCCGGUUUGCUAUCAACUCAUUUAUGAGAGUGAUCCGCUUGAAGAAGGCGAAAAAGAUUUGAUUAGGAGCCAAGAAUAUAAGUACUGUAUGUACAAGUCAUCACUCGGGGAAAGCCUAGAAGGUGUUCGAGGCAUCUUUUGA